AUGUCCACCCUGGCAACAGUUGUUAGAGUUCUGGAAACCUACAGGGGACGGGAUAGAGCAAUCCGUCUGACAUCUUAUAUUGGUAUGUUCUUGGCUGGAAAUGGGAAAACUUCUGCUCAACUGAAAUGGAAGCUGUUGUCUGAAGAACUGAGUGCUUGUCGAUCAAUUCUCCGACUGUUUGAUGAUUUACCAAUGCUGCUGUCAAACUUGACUACCAACUUUGGACUGAAGGAAAAAGGAAUUCUUCAGCCACUGGAGUUUGUAGUAUGUCUGUUGAAUCAGUCCUACUAUGUGAUAGACCAUAUAGCAUAUUUGCGAAAGAAAAAGAUAUUGAAAGGUGACAGUGCUGUGUUUGCAUUGCUGGGACUGGCCAACUGGGCAUUGUCACUGCUGGGUGAGAUUAUCAAAUCACUAAUAAAGCUUCGCAGACUCCAGAUACAAGCCAGAAGACUGCACAAGCAACAAGAUUUGGAUAAAAAUGAAUCUGACUCAGAGUCACCACAAAAUAUUGAGAUCCGAGGAAAUCUAAAGAAACUGUCAGCAGAACAGAAAGACCUCCUACUGUUGUUGGUUCAAUAUGGCGCAGAUUUCACCAAUGCUGUUUCCUGGUUGCCUCCUGGCAUUCUUUGGGCACAGAAGCUUCGCCCCUCGACAAAUGCAGUUAUUGGAAUAGUUGCAACGUUGAUCAUGUUCUACCGCAACUGGCCUUCCAGGGCAGCAACAUAA